ACAGCUCUUUUUCUCAUCUUGAAGAUAAUCCUAGAAAGCUCAUAAAAUGUGUGAUGCCUUUGUGGGUACCUGGAAACUUACCUCCAGUGAAAACUUUGAUGAUUACAUGAAAGAAGUGGGAGUGGGCUUUGCCACCAGGAAAAUGGCUGGCAUGGCCAAACCCAACAUGACCAUCAGUGUGAAUGGGGAUAUGAUCACCAUUAAAUCAGAAAGCACCUUUAAAAAUACUGAGAUUUCCUUCAAACUGGGCCAGGAAUUUGAUGAAGUUACUGCAGAUGACAGAAAAGCCAAGAGCAUCAUAACCUUAGAUGGAGGAGUCCUGGUACAGGUGCAGAAGUGGGAAGGAAAAUCAACCACCAUAAAGAGAAAACGAGUGGAUGACAAACCGGUGGAAUGUGUCAUGAAAGGCGUCACUUCUACCAGAAUUUAUGAGAGAGCGUAA